AUGAGUGGCACAGAUGAACACAAAAACUUGGCAAAAAACAACGAAGAAAAUCAAGUUACGAUUUAUCAGAAGAUGAAUAGUACCGAGGAAUUCUUCUUAUCUGGAGAAUCACGGACAAGUAAAGAUCGUCGACGAUUUACGGUGGUGACAGUAUUUGAUGUUUGCCUUACAGCUUUAUUGUGGGUCAUUUCUACGGUAAGCAAAGGCAAUGAUUGGCCCGUAGUAUUUUUUCGUGAGGUCGACAUUUCGCAACCGGAUUUCAUGAAGCUUUCACUAUUUGAUGUUGUCAUCACAGCAGUUAUUCGUACGUGUAUUCUCAUCCUUUUCUAUUCAAUCUUAUUAAUUGGACAUUGGCUUCCUGUUGCCAUUACAACUGUUGCAACGACAAUUUUUCUUGUUGUAAAGGCGUUAUUCUUUUUUUCACCAGCACAGGGUAACCUGCCCCAGUAUACGGUAUUGGUAUCCUCAUUUGUGGUUGCUUGGUUCCAGCUUUGGUUGGUACCAUUUCAUAUUUUACCACGUGAACGAGGUUAUAGGACUAUGCCAAAUUAUAAUACAUCUUCAGAAGUCUCAGAACGAAAUGUACAGGCUGAUGAAGAAUUCCGUUCAGCCAUGGAAUAUUCGGAUGAUGACAACUUAUCAACGAUAUUGAUUGCAGGGAAAGUAUAUUCGAAAGCACAAUAUAUCGAGGAAGUAGAGGGAGCAAAGUUAAAAGCUAAAAAGUUAUUGACAGAAAUUGGUAGCUGGAAACUUCUUCAGAGGAAUAAUCCAGAAAUACGUAUAUCAAAAGAGAAGCAAGUUUAUUUUAUGCAGGAUACGGUUGCAUGUUCACCAAAAUCGCUCUUUAAAAUUAUUUGGAAAGACACCAAAUUGUGGAACAAGCAAAUCACCGAUUUUAAAAUAGCGCUUCAUAUUGAUCCCACUACGGAACUGGUCUAUAUCACUACUGCUCCGAUACUACGUGGAUAUAUUUCACCACGGGAUUUUUUGGACGUUCGGAGAAUGAUAGUCGAUACCGAAAAAGAUAUAUAUGAAGGAGUUUACGUCUCGGUGGAUUCUUCAAUUGUAUCAACAAAUGGAAACCAGAAACUCAUACGUGGAAUUAAUGGAGCAAAUUAUGUUCGCGUAACACGGAGUUCCAAUGAUUCGAAAAUGUCUCAGAUUGAAUGGAUUCAGGAUAGUGAUGUCAAGAGCGGCAUUCCACGACGUCUUAUUGAAGGGACGAUGUGUUCCUUUUUCCGAAAUUAUAUGGAAAGUAUGAAAACAUUUAUCAGCAAUCAUCCCAAUGAAUAUCCAUAA